GCUAAGGUUGCCUUUUAACCUUUCCAGCCUCACGUGCACCGACCAUGACACCAGGCCUGACGUAUGUGGUUGCGGGAGGGUGUGGGUUUCUCGGCGCCCGCAUUGUCGACAUGUUGGCGGAGAGAGCGGAGAACAUCUCUGAGAUCCGUGUGGUGGACAAGAACCUUCGCAGCCGACUGUCAACAGCGGACAGGGAAGGGGUCAAAGUUUCCCUCAUCCGCGGUGACGUCACAGACAUGGCACAGAUGACGGAGGUGUGCGGAGGCGCAGACGUGGUCAUCCACACGGCGUCGCUGAUUGACUUCCUGGGAUUGGUCAGCGACGCGACCUUGUGGCACAUUAAUGUGAAAGGGACCGAAAACCUCCUGCAAUGCUGUGUGAACGAGGACAUCCCGUCCUUCGUCUACACGAGCACCAUCGAGGCCGUGGGGCCCAACAGGCGGGGCGACCCGCUGGUAGACGGGGACGAGAGCACGCCGUACGACAGCUCCAGCCCGCUGCUGCCGUACGGCCGUACCAAGGCGGCUGCAGAGGCGAUGGUUCUGCAGUGGAACGGGCGGCGAACGAACGGCGGGAAGACUCUGCAUACGUGUUCUCUGCGCCCUGGAGGGGUGUUGAAGAAACGUGGUUCGAACCUGUUUACUCGCCCCAUGAGACGCGCCUGUUCCACCACGGUCAAAGUCAGCCGCCAGUACGUUGGCAACGUCGCCUGGGCUCACCUGCUGGCCGCCCAGACGCUAGUGACGUCACCGAAGACGGCCGGAGGCGAGGCGAUCAACAUAUCCGAUGAUACGCCCCUGAAAGAUGACGCCACGUUGCUCGCCGAGCUGUGCGCCCCUAUCGGAAUCCGUUGGAACGACAACUUGGUCCUCCCUCUGUGGCUGCUGUACGUCAUCGCUAAUGUCUUAGCCUUGAUUCGUUUCGUUGUGAAGCCAUUUUACACCUUUGUGCCUCCGCUAAAUUCUGACGUACUGACGAUCCAAAACACUACGUUCUACUUCAACUAUAAGAAAGCCACGCGGGUCCUCGGCUACAAGCCGAUAUUCACUUGGGAGGAAUCUAAACAGAGAACGUCUGACUGGCUGGUAAAAUGGAAAGCUAGAGAGUUCUCAUAA